UGGUAGGAAGGAAAGAGUAAGAUAGAAAAAAUAAGGUGAAAUAGGAAAUAGGGAUAGGAGGAGGGUAAUAAUAUUAAUGAGGCAAUAGAAUAUUAAUGAGUAAAGAGUGAUUAGUAAUUAGGAACAGUAGAAGUAGAAGUAGAAGUAGAAGUAGAAGGGAACUAAAAAAAGGGAAAUAACGCGAACGCACAAGAGAGAGGGUAGAGUAGAGAGAUUCAAGAUCUGAUGAUCGGUGAUAAUCGUUGAAGAGAGAGAGAGAGAGAGAGAGAGUAUGGGUUGUUGCCAAUCAUCGAUGUGGCUGAGAGCGAGGGAGAGGGAGACUCACCCUGAAAAGGAAAAGGAAAGGGAAAGGGAAAGGGAAAAGGAAAAAGAGCAAGCGUACGGUAACCACCAGAGGGCAUCGGAGGGAGAGGGAGAGGGAGAGAAAGAAGGCUUCGAUUUCUCCUUCUCCGAGUUCUACUUAGCGGACCUCAAGGCGGCCACCAACAAUUUCAGCUCCGACUAUAUCGUGUCGGAGAGUGGGGAAAAAGCACCCAACCUCGUCUACAAAGGUCGUCUGCAGAACCAGAGCCGUUGGAUUGCGGUCAAGAAGUUCAGCAAGGCCGCCUGGCCCGAUCCCAAGCAAUUCGUCGAAGAGGCUUCCGGCGUCGGCAAGUUGCGCCACCCUCGCCUCGCUAAUUUAAUCGGCUACUGCUGCGACGGCGACGAGAGGCUCCUCGUCGCCGAGUACAUGCCUAAUGACACUCUCGCCAAGCAUCUCUUCCACUGGGAAACUCAGACCAUUGAGUGGGCCAUGCGCUUGCGUGUCGCUCUCUAUAUCGCUCAGGCUUUGCAUUACUGUAGCUCCGAGGGACGGCCCUUGUACCACGACUUGAAUGCAUACCGUGUUCUCUUCGACCACGAAGGUGAUCCCCGCCUCUCCUGUUUUGGUUUCAUGAAGAACAGCAGAGAUGGCAAGAGUUACAGCACCAAUCUUGCAUACACGCCUCCUGAAUAUUUAAGAAACGGAAGGGUCACCCCGGAAAGUGUCAUUUACAGCUUCGGAACCGUUCUUCUAGACCUCCUCAGUGGCAAGCACAUCCCUCCUAGUCAUGCACUUGAUAUGAUACAGGGGAAAAACAAUAUGCUCUUAAUGGAUUCACAUUUGGAGGGAAAGUUUUCAACAGAAGAGGCAACAGUAGUUGUUAAUCUCGCCUCUAAAUGUUUGCAAUAUGAACCAAGGGAGCGGCCUGAUACAAAGGAUUUGGUCACAACACUCGCCCCAUUGCAUACAAAACCCGAUGUUCCUUCGCACAUCAUGCUUGUAAUUCCAAAGCAGGAGGAAGCUCCAUCAACCCCACAGCGCCCUCUUUCGGCAAUGGGUGAGGCAUGUUCAAGAAUGGACCUAACAGCCAUACAUCAGAUCUUGGUUGCGACACACUACAGAGACGAUGAAGGAACUAACGAGUUGUCGUUCCAAGAGUGGACUCAACAGAUGAGAGAUAUGCUGGAGGCAAGGAAGCGUGGAGACUAUGCAUUCCGUGACAAAGACUUUAAGACAGCCAUUGAUAAUUAUUCCCAGUUUAUUGAUGUUGGAACGAUGGUCUCCCCAACUGUUUUUGCAAGGCGCAGUCUAUGCUAUCUGUUAUGUGAUCAACCAGAUCCUGCGCUGAGAGAUGCAAUGCAAGCACAGUGUGUUUAUCCAGACUGGCCCACGGCUUUCUACAUGCAAUCGGUUGCUCUUGCCAAGCUGGACAUGCACAAGGAUGCGGCUGAUAUGUUAAAUGAAGCAGCUGCGUUGGAAGAGAAGAGGCAACGAGGAGCGAGAGGAUCAUAGUUUUAUGCAGUGGGCUAAUUUGAGGGAGGGUGCCAAGUUCUGUAUAAAGGUUGAGUUGGGAAGCAAAACUAACGUUUGAAUCUGAAUUUAAAAUAUGUCAGAGAAAUACAGCACUGGUGGAGUAGAUGGCGCAUGCACUUUAUUUCACCAUCUUAUGGGAAUCGGUCACAACUUGAAAACUUUGCUCUAAAUUGGGAAGGAGUACCGGUCAUUUUUCCAUUGUUAAUGAAAUUGAUUGUUUGAUGCCUACUGGGUUACUGUCAAUCAGGUGUUUAUUGAGGUUAUUCUAACUCCCCCACUGGUCAAGGCCAUGGUGUUCAUAUUAUAUUAUGCCUGCAUAAUCUACAUCUACAUGGAGUAAUAGUAAUACAUGUGCAACUUUUAUUCCUAAUAUCAUUUUUUGGAAAUAUACCUUCUAUUUAUUUUUCAAUGA